AUGGCGACGGAAUUGGCAAAGCAAGCCAAGACGCGCACCAGGAACACCCCGGAGGAAGCUGUUCUUGACCAGAGUAGUGCAGCGGCAGAGCCAACUAUCGCCUCAAAAAGGACGAGCAGCAUCAUGGCCACUCAGGACAUGACUAUUAUACCUUCAGCAUCGUCUUCUGCGGCACCGUCAAUCACUAGUACCGUACGACAUUAUCGCAGCAUGCUUGAUGUUGAGGAUCCUCCAAAGUUGAACCCUCUGAAUCCGAUGUCCUUUGACGAGUUGUACACUCCACAAGAUCAGGAACAACCUACCAAGAACCUCGGGAAGCUCAAGGACUUCGGGGAGCUCGGGGGAGCUUCCAGGGAACGUGCCGACGAUCAGGUCAAAGAUCUGGGCUCUUCUAACGGCUCCGAUUCACCCACGGGUGCUCCCGCCUCUCCUCCUGCUGGCAAGCUUGAGUCCGCGGCCUCCGCUCAAGAUGUUCCUCCUUCUGACCCCGCGCCUGCAGUUCCCUCUCAGCCAGCUCCUUCUUCUAUCCAGGACGCACGAAACAUUGUCCGAAGGAAGCUUACUGGCUAUGUCGGUUUUGCCAACUUGCCCAACCAGUGGCACCGCAAGAGUGUUCGCAAGGGCUUCAACUUCAACGUCAUGGUCGUCGGUGAAUCUGGUCUUGGCAAGUCUACUCUCGUCAAUACGCUGUUCAACACCUCUCUGUACCCUCCCAGAGAGCGCAAGGGACCUAGCCUGGACAUCAUUCCCAAGACCGUCCAGAUCCAGGCCAUCAGUGCUGAUAUCGAAGAGGCUGGCGUCCGUCUCCGCCUGACUGUUGUCGACACUCCCGGAUUUGGUGACUUUGUCAACAAUGACGAGUCGUGGCGCCCCAUUGUGGACGACAUCGAGCGCCGAUAUGAUGCCUACCUGGAUGCCGAGAACAAGGUCAACCGCAUGAACAUUGUCGACAACCGCAUUCACGCUUGCGUUUUCUUCGUUCAGCCCACUGGCCACUCUUUGAAGCCCCUGGAUAUUGAGGUCAUGCGACGUCUUCACACCAAGGUCAACUUGAUCCCUGUCAUUGCCAAGUCUGACACGCUCACCGAUGAGGAGAUUGCCAGCUUCAAGGCCAGAAUUCUGGCCGAUAUCAAACACCAUGGCAUUCAGAUCUUUGAGGGUCCUCGAUAUGAGCUGGAUGAUGAGGAGACCAUUGCCGAGAACAAUGAAAUCAUGUCCAAGGUUCCAUUCGCCGUUGUUGGUGCCACCAAUGAGAUCAAGACUGCCGACGGCAGAGCCGUUCGCGGACGUCAUUACCCUUGGGGUAUCAUUGAGGUUGACAACGAGGAGCACUGCGACUUUGUCAAGCUGCGCCAGAUGCUCAUCCGAACGCACAUGGAAGAGCUCAAGGAGCAUACCAACAACACUCUGUACGAGAACUACCGUACCGACAAGCUCAUUGCCAUGGGCGUGUCGCAGGACCCCAGUGUCUUCAAGGAGGUCAACCCUGCUGUCAAGCAGGAGGAGGAGCGUGCUCUGCACGAGCAGAAGCUAGCCAAGAUGGAGGCCGAGAUGAAGAUGGUCUUCCAACAAAAGGUUGCCGAGAAAGAGAGCAAGCUCAAGCAGUCCGAGGAGGAGCUGUAUGCCCGUCACAGAGAGAUGAAGGAGCAACUCGAGCGCCAGCGGGCAGAGCUCGAAGACAAGAAGCAGCGCAUCGAGAGCGGACGGCCGCUAGAGAAGGAAGGCAAGCGCAAGGGUUUCUCACUGCGUUAA